AUGAAAGACUACCUCCAGCGCAUCUAUCCUCUAGUUCCCGUCGUCCAUCGCCCAACCUUCAAAGCCGAGCUAGCCUCUGAUCGAGAUGUUACCGACUCGGAGUUUCUUCGCCUCGUGUUGAGCAUAACAGCACUCACAAUUGGUCUGCUGCCGUCCAGGUUUGACCACUAUCGAGCCAUGGCCACAGAGCUCGUCGACCGCUUCCCAACACGCAGUGCCAUGAUUGACUACUGUGCACAGAUGUGCCUGCGACUGCGCUCGGCUGGCCAUUGGGAUCAUGUUACCCAUCGUAAAUGGGCCGUGUGCUACAGCUUGGCGAUUGGUACCUUUCAGACAGGUCAGUCAAACCAUAGUCGCAUGCUCGAGGUGGAGGCGGCGCAAUUCGCUCGUCUUCUGGGCAUUCAUCGGAUCUCGGAGUACGAGGGCUUGAACCGCAUUGAAACGCAGCUACGAAAGAAGGCUUUUUGGCUGCAAUUUUACGGAUACGCGCAUUCUCUAAUACACGUUGGACGCCGUGAGCAGCUGACCUUUCUUGACCAUUACACCCUGCGAGACGUGAAUUUCGCAGCCUUGGUACCCCUCGACAUUGAGGAUGAGUUGAUCACUGAGCAAACCGUCUUCGAUCCUGUAACACUGGACCCGGCGUCUCCCAUGACUGGCGACAGCCGGCCAUACGACAGGACAGACCGUCCUUUUACGAGCAUCAGCGCCUUUAUUGCGGCCUCUCAGGUGUUCCUCACCGCCAUGCAGGAAGCACUAUUCCACGAAAGUUGUGACUGCAGCCCCAAGCGCGCACCCGAGGCUCGCCUUGGUCGAUUGCAGACUUUGCUCGAGAAACUUGAGUAUAUGCUUGACGAUCUACCUGCCGUAAUGAGACAAUGGGUUGUCGCCGAGGACGUCCAUCAGACCCGUGAUAAAUUUGGCGAGAACGUGGACUCCCCCGAGGUUGCUCACGCCCAGCUAGAGAUUACCCGCGCCAACCUGCACUUCACCCAUCUUUGGCUGCAGAAUUACCUUCUCGAGAAGAUCGACUUGAUACUUCAGCAGCAGGUAUUAGACGCCGACGUAACAUCAGAUACAGCCUCCGCGUCUGCGGCCCUGCGUGCUAAUUGGGCGUCGCGUGAGGACAUCUGCCGUCAGAUGCUACACUUACUGCACAGCAUUCAGCAAGUACAUAUUGAGCCGAACGGACUAUACUUGGCGUAUAAGGUCCGAGAUGUGGCAGUGGCGCUCCUCAACUGCCCCUUUGAAGCCCACGAAGGACCCUCCCGCCGGGCUGCUGAGUACAUGCGAGACUUCACAAGCAUGUUAUCUCGCCUCGACCGCAGUGAGAUCAUGAACACUGCAAGUCUAAAGAGCUGGGUUGACAAAGAUCGCGACUCAGCUCGGUAG